CCCCUGGCGCUGGGCUUUCCCCCUGCGAGCUGUGCCGCGCCGCGCCCCCUGCUUGCACGGAGCCCGCAGGCUAAUGCCCCACCCCAGGGCCGAGCGCUGAGCGCUGGGGCUUCCCGCCACCCGGGCCAAUGGAGCCAGGCGGCGAGAAGGCGGGACCCAGCCGGGGCCUUUGUGUUCGAACCACCCAAUGGGGGCGGCGGGCGGCGGGUGAGUGGCAGCCCCAGCCCGGCGGCUACAGCGCGUGGCUGUGCCAGCGCCCGGGCCAGGCCGUGUCGCGCGCUGAGAGCCGAGGCAGCCGCUCCCCGCGCGCCCGCCGCUGCUGCUGCUGCUGCUGCGCCCCUGCUGGGCGGGGAGCCGAGGGGACGCGAGCCCGGAGCUGAGCGGGGCUCGGCGCCGCCCCGCUUGAGACACAAAAGGCGGAGGAAGGAGCGACGGCCUGGAGGGCGCCGCAGCCAGGUGCCUUGGUGAGGGGUGACUGAAUCUCUUCCGUCAUGUCCAGACGCAGCCAGCGCCUAGGGGCCACCCGCUAUUACCAGGGUGAUGAUGAUGGCAGCAGCAGUGGUGGCAGUUUGCUACUGGGUGUUCAGGAGUCCUCCUUUAGGGACAGUCCUAACAGGACCCUACGGAGGAAAUCAAGCAGCAUGAAGCGCCUCUCUCCAGCCUCCCAUCUGGGACCUAACCCUGCCACCCAGACCUCCUACUACAGCGAGUCUGUGAUCAGUGAAUCGUACCUGGGUAGUGGCCGGGGUCUUGCAGCUGGGAGCAGCGCAGCCUUUGAUGACCCACUGGACAGUGACUCUUACUGGGGUGGGGAACUCUCCACGAGGAGGAGAAGAGGCACAGGAGGUACAGACUCCAGUAAAAUCAAUGGGCUGGCAGAGAGCAAGACUUAUGAUACCUAUGCCUCUUCAUCUGGCUACUCUUCUGAGGAUGACUAUGCUGGUAGGGAUUGCUUUGACACCAGGAGCAUGAGUCACGAGGUUGUGGGGGGUUUGGGACCUCCCGUCAGAGACGGACUCAGGUCCUGGCUCCAUUGCAUGGGGAAUGCUGUCUCACGCGCAGGCUCUUUUCUCUGGCUGGUGGUCACUUCUCCAGGCCGGAUGUUUGGACUGUUGUAUUGGUGGAUCGGAACUGCAUGGUACCGCCUCACCACCGCCGCCUCUCUUCUGGAUGUCUUUGUCUUAACGAGGCGCUAUUGGGCUCUGAAGAAACUCCUUCUGUGCCUGUUGCUGCUACUGCUGCUGGCUUCUAUUGCUUAUGGUGCUUGGUAUUUUUACCCUUUUGGAUUCCCGAUGCUCUACCCUGCCCUGUUUUCUUGGGGAGCAGCAAAGCUUUCACCCCCUGUUGCUGGGAGAGAGGAGGUGCUUGGAGCUAGGGAUUCAUCUGCAUUCUUUCAGGCAGAGCAGCAAAUGCUGCCUCGGUUUCAAGCUCUGGAGAAACGCUUCCAGACCCUAGAGGCUGAGGCAUCCCGUCUGGAGAAGCUGGCACUCCAGAGAGGGGCGGCAGCUGGGGGAGGCCUGACACAUGAGGCCACCCUGACACUCCUGGAGGGGCUGGUGAGCCGUCGGGAGGCCGCGCUGAGGGAGGACUUGACCCUGCAUGUCCAGAGCGAGCUAGAUACAAUCCAAGGCCAGUUGCAGAAGGAUUUAAACAGGCGCCUGGAGAAGAUUACUCAGGCAUCCCAGGAGGUGGAGGCCCGGAUGCUCCAGCUGAAUUCGGAAUGGCAAAGCUCGACCCAAGAGGGUCUGCAGGGGAGUUUCCAGCAGGAGAUGGGCAGACUGGAGACACAGCUAGCUGGCCUGAAGAAGGAGCUCACGCUCCUGGCGUCUGACCAGCAGGCGUUGGUGAAGCACAUAGAGUCACUGCCAGGACAAAUCAAGGGAGUGCGACAGGACGUGGAGGCGCAGUUUCCCCGGUGGAUCAGUCGGUUCCUGCUGCAGCCCAGGGAGGAUGGAGCGGGCAGUCUGGUUCUCCCCCGUGAGGAGCUACAGGACAAGCUCCGGGAGCUGGAGCACAGAAUCCUGGCCAGUGUCUCGGAAGGCCAGAGGCUGUCUGCACGGGAUGCCAAGGCCAGCAUUGGGGUAGCGCUGCAGCAGGAGGGAGUCACAGGUGUGACUGAAGAGCAAGUGCACGUCAUUGUGAACCGAGCCCUGCAGCGCUACAGCGAGGAUCGCAUUGGAAUGGUGGAUUAUGCCCUUGAAUCAGGGGGGGCCAGUGUUAUUAGCACCCGGUGCUCGGAAACCUACGAGACCAAGACAGCACUGCUUAGUCUGUUUGGGAUCCCCCUGUGGUACCAUUCUCAGUCUCCACGGGUUAUCCUGCAGCCGGAUGUCAACCCCGGGAAUUGUUGGGCUUUCCGUGGAUCUCAGGGCUUUGCUGUUAUCCGCCUGUCUAGCCACAUUCGUCCCACUGCUGUGACUCUGGAGCACGUCCCAAAAUCUCUCUCGCCCGUGGGCACCAUCCCAAGUGCCCCAAAGGACUUUGCUGUCUUUGGCCUGGAGGAAGAAGACCAGCAAGAGGGCAUCCUUCUCGGACAGUUCACCUACGACCAGGAUGGGGAUCCCAUCCAGACGUUCCGCUUGAAGGGUGAAGAUAUGGGCACGUUCCAGGUGGUGGAGCUACGGAUUCUGAGCAACUGGGGCCACCCAGAGUACACCUGCAUUUAUCGCUUCCGUGUGCAUGGGGAACAGGUCCACUAACCCUUUCCUGGCUCUCCUCUGUCCCCAGCUGGCUACCUCAGAUUCUUCACCGUCCACACGCAACAACAAUGGUGGAGAGAAGCUGUCUCCAGAGAGAAUGGCAAACCUGUUAAUGAAAUUCUUCCUCUUUUUGCUGCUUCUCUCAAGUCCGGGCUGGGAGCGGUGGGAGAAUGACUGUCCUUGGCAAAUCUAGUCCCCGUAUGCUUUUGUGUGCUGCCACUGCCAGAAGAAGAGCUUGUAUUGGGGGGGGGAGGAGGAUUUUAGUGUGCGAAAGGUGGUGUGAUGGGAAAAGAGGCUCUGAUCCAAGUCAGAUGGGACAUUUUAACUUUUUUUUAAAUUUUAUUUUUAAAUGAGUCUAUGCAGUCCAGACCUUUUCCUGCCUCCCUCUUCCCAGCCCCAGCCCUUCCAGAUGUUAAAGAAGGCUAUAAGAUAGCAUUCCACAGUUUAUUAACAUACAUGUAAUUAGUAUUAUCAUUAUACAGUGGUAUGGAGGUGUGCUAUAUUUGGCAUCUUUGGUUGGGAACCCCCAUCUGAAUGUCAGAUGUUGGAAGAGUGGGCACAUGACCAAAUAAUUUUGCACUAUUGUCCAUUCCCUUCCACUAUUUGGAUCAGUGGUUUGUUUUCAUUGGACCCAAUGGCUAGCUUGCCAUGGGUUGACUUAGGAUCUCCUGACCCUGCAAAGUGGCUAGCAAGCAUUUUAGCAGGGGGAAAUAAUGAGGGCACCAAACAUGUAUUAAAGAGUUAAUAUAUAAGCAAAAGACUUGGAGGGGUUUAGUUCUUUGGGAGAGAAUCUAAUCUCCCCGGGAUUGUAAAGCCUGCCCCAACAAUGCAAACCUUUGACUCAGGUCAGUGUAUUAUAUAGCUAUCAAAAUACAUCUUCUCUUCUCCCACAGUUGAGUGCUAUUGGAUUUCACCAGUAUGCCAGGCUGUGGCCCAGAGUGGGAGAAGAUCCAGUAUAAUUCCCAUGUGUCGUUCUCAGACAUACAUCCCCAAAUGGGCGCUAAACAUUCACAAGGCAAAAUGCCUGCUGUGAUGCCCUCUAAAUCUUUUCCUACGAGAUACUGUUGUUUGUAACCAUGAAGGAUGUACUUUUCCGUGUGAUGUGUAAUUGACCUGUGGGACUUCGUACCACAAGGAAUACAACUGAGGCAAAUUGCUUAGAUUAAAGGGCUAGACACUUAGUAGAAGUUGUAGUAGUACUAACUAGAGUGAAAUGGCCAGGGCUGUUAAAUUCGCAGGCUUUGUGGUGGGGAACUGAUCAGUAGCUAAGUUCAGAAGAAAAUUUCCCUUCAUGACUGCUGCACAAUAAGAUGCCAUGGUCCCGGCUGGAGACAGGAUACUGAGCAGGGAUCAAUGGUAGUGCCUGCCUGCUUUGCUUUAGGAAAAUCCUAGUCAAAAUUAUAACUGGCUGGGGGUGUAAUAAAUGGAUGACACUCCCCCAGUACAUGUUCAUCUGUAUAUAGACAACUGUACAUAGCAAGUAAAGUCUAGACUGUAAUUAUCCAGACCCAGGGGGGUUUGAUGAUGGGGAUACAAGGGCAGAUAUGAAGGUAUGAGUGUGAUCACUGGACUGGCACAAACCCUACAGGGUAAUGAGACAAUAUUAUACCAGUUUUGGUGUUUGUUAGGGGGAUGGCGACCCUGAUGGCUGUACAAUCCAGGCCAGGGGUGGGGAAAGGCAGCAGCCUGAGCCGAGCGAGGGGGCAGCAAGGCUGACUGAAGAGUGCUGUGAUGUGGAGCUCUCUGUGAGUAGGGAUGGUGAGGCAGGCUAGGGCAGGCUGGCAAAGAUCUGUGAAGAAACAGGGUUUAGCUGUGGGAGAACCUUGCUAUGUAUGGGGCCUGCAAGGGAGAGUAUUGAUGGUGGAAGCCGUGGUUCCAGAAGGAAGCUUGUGGCUGAAGCUGGGACUGGACUUUUCCCUCAGGAGACAGGUGGGCAGGUCUAUGUGACAGCCCACCCCCCAUUCACAGCUGCUGUCCUUCCCCUGGUGUAUGGGGAAGUUUGGACAGGGCACAACAGGCAGGGAGGGGCUGACAGCUGCCUCUUUCCAUGGAUUUAUCUGAGAGCAGGAAGACAGCACUAAAGGGGGAAAGGCUCUUCCCUCUGAGCUCUCAGCCACAAGGGACACUCCCUGGGUUUGUGGUGUUCCCAGCUGGCAAGAGACAGGAGGGGCUGUGAACAGUCUGGCUGGGGUCUUAUGGGUGGGGGUGGGAGGGAGACUCUCAUCAGAAGGGCAGAACAGAGUAGGGGCUCACGUCAGAGGCCUUGAGAAGGUAACACCUGGCUGCUCAGAGAAGGGUUGUGUGUGUUUCUCUAAGUUUGGGCCAGCAUGCUUUGUUCUUAGUUUAGCAUAUGUUUUGAAUUGGUUCUUAUGUAUCCAUAUUUGUCUUAGUUUCCUUUCAGAUAAAGAGAAGGGAUCACUUUAUUCCAUUUGAGGCUAGCAGCCCCCACAUCCAGUGUGGAAGGAGUGGUACUUAGCAUGUGCCAGGCUGUCUUCAACUCCUGUUUGUCCAAUAGAGCAGGGAUAGUGUGAAGGGGAAGUGAAUGAGUGACUCUCUUGCACAGCCAGCAAUGGGCUUUUUCUGGGCAGCCUGUCUUGCCUUAAAUCAUCCACAGGAGUCAAGCACUGCCCUUCCUAUUGGUCAGCUCCUCCGUUGCCUCAUCAAGCAUGUGGCUCUGAUGCUUGCGCUUUGGAACUGGCUGCAGGGGGCAUUGACUGAGUGGUAAAUGGCUCUUACACCAGACACUGAUUGUCUCAGACACAAGAGAGUGGGAAUCGAGCUGUGGUCUCCAAUGUGGAUGUGCAUAGCCCCCUCCCUAGAACUCAAAGUCCCACUUGCAAGGGACUCGGACUGACAACUGAAGAUGGGGGUGUGAGGCCCUAGCCCACCCACCAGGAGCAGUUAUCCAGCCUUUGGUGAGUCUUUAAAAUCUGACUACUGAUCCCACACUGCCCCAAAAUCUAGGCAUGCUGGAACAGUGGGGAAAGGAGAAAAGGUUUGUUAACUUUUCUUGUGCUCUAGCACCAGCUGUCAAACUGUAGGACAGUGUUUAUUUAAAAGUGCUGCUUCAACUGCAGUCCUACCACUUAUCAAGAUGCCAGGUAAUCAUGGUACUAAAUGCAGGAGAGGAGGAGUGCAGCAAGGUGGUAAUGAGUGGGAAACAUCUGCUAAAGCAGAGCUUCUCUAUUUACUCACCUUGGGUGCCCUCCCUCCUCUUGUGUGUGUGUGUACCAGGAAAGUGUUAUAAAUGAACCUUACACAAACCAAGCUGUAUUGAAUUCUGUAGCCUAUUGCAAAUGCUGCACUGUUUUGUGUGUCUUUUUAUCUACAGACUGUAAUUUAUGCCUAUGCAAAAAAAAAAAACAAAAAACCCUAAGACAAUAAAUUGUCAAAACAGC